GUUCUCUGAUGCCGAUGCGACGUGAUGCGAUGCCGUCCGCAGGAGAGGAGCAGCCAAUGAGCCGUCUCCGCUUGUACCCGAAAACCAGGUGCUUCCAUCCCAUCCCCCUUUCCAUCAUCCGACCUCUCCCCACUGUUCCAUUCAUGUAUGACGAACGCAGAAAGGGAUGGUGAAUUCUGAAGCGGGUAGAAAGAUUCCAUCUAUCUUGAGCGAAUCGCGGUUCUGAUAGGACGGACAGAGAAAGAACAGCAGCAGCAACAGAAGACCGACAUAUCCCACCAUUUCGUGAUAUGGCGAUACCAGUUUCUUGUUUCGACUGCUUACCAGAGGAGACCGAUGGUAAAGGUCGCGCCUUUUAUCAGAUGGUUGUGUCAAGUCAUCGCCUUUAACCGAGAUCGGAGGAGCGCGGCUUCUGUUCGAUGGCCAGUGCAGGAUCGUUGUUUUGAGUCGAGAACAGAGGACCAGCAGGACGAAGCGAAGCGAGAGAGAAGGGGAUGGGGAAGGAGGCGGAAGAAGGGAGCAGAGAGGCGCGGAAACUGGUGUUCGGAAAGUACGAGAUGGGGCGCGUCCUGGGGAAAGGAACGUUCGGCAAGGUGUAUUACGGCCGCGAGCUCAGGUCCGGAGAAAGCGUCGCCAUCAAGGUGAUCGACAAAGAGCAGAUCCGCCGGCAGGCCGGCAUGAUGGAGCAGAUCCAGCGGGAGAUCGCCGUGAUGCGCCUCGUCCGCCAUCGCAACGUGGUGGAGCUCCGCGAGGUGAUGGCCACUAGGUCCCGCAUAUUCUUCGUCAUGGAGUAUGUCCGCGGCGGUGAGCUCUUCGCCCGCGUCGUCCGUGGCCGCCUGCCCGAGGACCAGGCCCGCCGCUACUUCCACCAGCUCAUCUCCGCCGUCGACUUCUGCCACAGCCGCGGCGUCUCCCACCGGGACCUCAAGCCCGAGAACCUCCUCCUCGAUGAGCACGGCGACCUCAAGGUCUCCGACUUCGGCCUCUCCGCGCUCCCGGAGCAGCUCCGCCACGACGGCCUCCUCCACACCCAGUGCGGCACCCCGGCCUACGUUGCGCCGGAGGUCCUCAGCCGCCGCGGCUACGACGGCGCCAAGGCCGACUUCUGGUCCUGCGGCGUCAUUCUCUUCGUCCUCCUCGCCGGAUUCCUCCCCUUCCAAGACGCGAGCUUGAUGCGGAUGUACCGCAAGGUAUUCAAGGCGGAGUACCAGAUCCCGCCGUGGUUCUCUGGCGAAGCGCGCCGCCUCGUCUCCCGCCUCCUCGUCGUCAACCCCGAGAAGCGCAUCUCCAUGCCAGCCAUAAUGCAGCUCCCCUGGUUCAAAAAGGGAUCUUGCCGCCCACCACCCAUCCAAAUCCCUCCGCUGCCGCUGCAGCCAGAGGAAGAGGAGGUGAAACCAGCGACGCCGAGGUUCUACAACGCGUUCGAGCUCAUCACCUCCAUGUCCUCGGGGUCCGACCUGUCGAGCCUGUUCGAGAACCGGCGGAAGGCGGGGACGGUGUUCACGUCGCGGUCACCGGCGGCGGAGAUCGUGGAGCGGUUGGAGAGGGUGGGGCGGGCUCUCGGGUUCGGGGUGGCGCGAGCCAAGUCGUACAAAGUGAGGAUGGAGGGGAAGACGGAGGGGAGGAAGGGGCGGCUGGCAGUGACGGCGGAGGUGUUCGAGGCGGCGGCGGGGGUGGCGGUGGUGGAGUUCUCCAAGUCUACCGGCGACACCUUGGAGUACACCAAGUUCUGUGAGGAGGACGUCCGACCGGGGCUGAAGGACAUAGUUUGGACAUGGCAGGGCGACGACCCAACCUCCGUCGGCAGCGGUGAACCGCGUCAUGACACCGGACGGUGAGCCGAUCAAAGGCUUCCUCUAUUCCGCUUGUGAUCACUGGUCCUAGUUUUUAUUCUAUUUUAUUUUUAUUAUUCUCUUUUUGGUGUUCUUUGACAAGGAAGGAUUGUUAGUGGUCUUAGUUUUUAUUAUAUUUUAUUUUUAUUAUUCUCUUUUUGGUGUUCUUUGACAAGGAAGGAUUGUUAGUGGUCUUAGUUUUAUUAUAUUUUUAAUUUUUAUUGUCUCUUUUUGGUGUUCUUUGACAAGGAAGGAUUGUUAGUGGUAUUCUAUUUGUA